ACAACUCUGUCGGUCGGGUUCUGCAUUUUAUUUUAUUAUUAUUAUUAUUUUUUUUUGUUUUUCUCUGCUUUGGCUUGUGUGUUUGGUGUAGUGUGGUGCAGUAUAUUAAAAACUGACCGCGUUUUCAUCGACUUUGAUUCGCAUUCAACGCGAAUACAACAAAAUACUACGAAUUGAUUUACGCGAUUUAAUUGAAUAACAAUAUAAAUGCGGAAAAUUCGCAAAUGAUGCGAAGGCGACUCUGAAAAAGAAAAAAACAAAGAGAAUUAAGUAGUCAACAAAUGGGACCAAAUCACAACAACGCUCUCAAGUAUUUACAAGCUGAGCAGCCAGAGAUUCGUUGUCACAGACAUAUCGACGACCGCAAGCAGCAGCAGCAGGAGCUGGAUCAGCUGGCGGCGGCGGCGAGUGUAUUGAAAGCGUCAAAAUAGGAGCGUCGACAUCGUCGGCAGCAGCGUCACCAGCUUUGCCCCGUGACAGCUCGAGGAUGUCGGCGCGCAAGCCCGCGACAGUAGCAAUAUCAACAACAUCAGCAGCAGCAAAAUCGGAUAACAAUAAUGUAGCAACAUCACCCACACUUGAAUUGGAAGGAACUGUAUCGGGCGGUGAUGAAUCUGCAACUGGAGGAACGUCAGCAACAACAACGGCAGCGUCUGAUGGAGAAGUGGAGACAACAACUCCUGAGGAAGAGGUAGAGCAAGGGCCAACAGAGAAGGAAAAGGACAAGGAGACGACGCCAGAGGCGACUGUGAAAGACAGCGGCUCGCCUAGAAAGUCGUUGACGGACACAAAGAUACUGCGGAACACGCGUCUGUCAUCGCCACUGCUGCUGGGUGCUGCCAGCGAUGGCGAGGAUCAGCAGCCCAGCAACAGCCAAAAUAACCAGAGAAAGGGCUCAACGGAUCGUCAGAUUAUACGCGGUCGUAAGUCCAUAAAGGAGAUGCGCGAGGCGAAGCUGCAGGACGAACUCAAUGUGAAAGAGGAGUUGGCUAACUUUGAGCUCGAGGACGAAGCGAAAGACACAAAAGACAAUGUCAAGUCAGUGCUGGACAGUAAAGAUAAAGAAAAAGAGACGACGCCAACUCCAACAACUGCCACUUCCACUCCGACUCCCACUCCUGUGUCCACUCCCGCCACAACCUGCAAUCGUGUCACACGCAAAGCACACGCUCAAGAGCUGGCCAACAACAUGGCCGCCAACAACAACACACGCGUCACCCGCAAUCGCCGGCAAUCGUCAACGGUCAACAACGAGCCCCAGCUGCCGGCUCGGGGUCGUCGAAAAAAGCCAGCGCUGCUUAAGCGCAAGCGCUCCAUCGACGACGCGUCCAACGAGUCUAGCUUGGCUUUGAAAUACACCAAAGUUGAGGUCAAGGAAGAGGACGACGAUCCCGACUCGAGUGUGGCAUCGCUGGCUGGCGAUGAAGUCGCUGUCACGCCCGCCAAAUUCUCGUCGUCGUCGUCGGGUUCGUCGUCAACGCUUAACAUCAAGCUGGAGCUGCCCGACACCGAGGAUACUCCCAUGCACACACCCGAGUUGCCCUCCCCCGCUGUGCAGCAAUCGACGGCCAGUCGACGUGGUCGAGGCAGACCCCAAACGCGGACUACGCCCGUCAGUUGCACUGGGAGCAGCACACGUGCCACACGCCACAGCAAGGCCGGCUCGCCGUGUCUGUUGUUGGCAACCACGCCCACUGAGCCGCCCACGGCUUCGAAGCGCCGCCGGGUCGGUUCAUUGAAUCGCAGUCUCCUGGUCGCCAAGCCGACGUCGUCGUCGUCCGGCAACGCUGGCGUUGACGAGGACUCCAAGGAUAGUCUGGCAUCCAGUUCCAUGGAUGAUUUGUUGCUGGCCACGGCAGAGAUAAAACAGGAGAAGAUGACCAUGGACUUUGAGGAGAGCCUUGAUGCCGGGGUGACCACAAAACCGACCGAUCCGGAGCCCGUCGAGGAGGCACCACCAUCAACAAGUGCUGCCGCCUGCUCCAAUGGCAUCGAGCCGCUGACAGUCGACACUGAUCCGGUUGCAAUCAAGGCAUCACCUGCCAAUGAACUGGUGGAGCAACAAACAGCAGUCGAGGGAACGGUCAAGGACUUGGCAACAGGUCAGGAAACAGAAAUAGAGGCGGGAGAAACCGCAUCGGCGAACGAGAACGAGACGGAAGCUGGCAAGGCGCCCUCGCUGAGCCCAGAAAUGAUUAGCGAGGGUGUCAGCGCCAUUAGCGUAAAGCAGUUCUAUAAGAAGCCCGAAUUUCUGGCCAACAAUCUGGGCAUCGAGAAAGAUCCCGAGCUGGGCGAAAUCGUACAAAUUGUUACGGAAACGACAGUCGACGCUGAGGCUGAAACGGGAGCUGAAGCUGACGUUGAGGUCGAAGCUGAUGCUGAGGCCCAAAUCGAAACUCUGGCCGAAACGGAGUUGAUCCUUGAGCUGGACGGGGAUGCGGAGAGCAAACAGGAUAAUUCCGCCUACUCCUCCGCGGCCAUGGACGAACUGCGUGUCGAUGAAAGCGGCGAUGAGACCACUGAAAUACUGGACGACCAAAAGACCACAGAUGAGCAGGAAACAACUGCUGAGAAGAAAGCAACAACAACAGCCGCAGGGGAGGAGGAAGAUGCGACAGCUGCUGCCGUUGCUGUUGCUGUUGCUGCUGAGACAAUGAGUUCGCCGGGCGAGCUAAACGGCGAGACUGAGCAAGCAUCCAAGGCAGAUGACUACGAUGACUUCGAGAGCGAGAUUAUGGAGCAGCUGGCUAAGGAAGGCGUAUUGGAUGCCAGUGGCAAUGCGCUUAGCGCCACCAAAGCGUCAACACUGGAUAAGCCAACAACGCCACCAUGUGAUUCAAUCAAGAUUGUGCAGCAGGCUGAGGACACUGAAGCGGAAGCUGUCGUGAAGGACAAGCAGGAGGAAGAGGAGGUUGAGAAAGAAAAACAGCUGCCGCCUACUGAGGAGGAAGUUGCAAAGAAGAAACCAAGCCAAGUGGAGCUCGACCUGGAGGUGGCACCCUACACCGAGGAACAGGAGGCGGAGGCCAAUGCCGAGGCUGAUGCUGAUGAUGACGCCGAUGGCGAGAGCGAUGGCGAUGCCGAGAUGCAAAUACUCAGCGAGGAUUGCGUCGAAUAUCCCGAAGAGAACAAAGAGAAUGUGUCGACUGCGGCCGCAGAUGGCAUCGUUGUCGCAGCCGGUGGCGAUGCUGUCAACUGCGAAUCAUCAAUUGACAUGGACAUUGAUCUGGCAUUCAAGAGCGAGGACAGUGCUGUCGCCGCCAAGCUGGAAGCGGAGGCCGAGGUUGAGGGAAAGGAAGAGGUAAAACCGAAGAUGGUGGAUGAGGCGAAGAAGUCAAUUGAUGAGCACAAGAUCGUGACCAAGAUGGAAACCAAUGGCGAUGGCGACGGCGACGAUGAGUUGCUGCGUCGCGAGAAGGAGCUGCAUCUGCAGCAUCUCGGUCUGCUGACACAUCAGGCAGCCGAGCAGCUGCGUCAGGAAUACAUCCAGGAGGCGCACACUCGCGCCGUCCACCAGCAGCAACAACAGCAGCAUCAUCCCAGCGGCAAGCGGUCCGCUGCCAAGGGCAAUGCGCACAUCGAAUCCAGCGGCACACUCAAGACGGUCAUCAAGCUCAAUCGCAGCAGCAACGGCGGCUCGGGAGGAGCAGCUGCGGUGCCCACAGGCACCGUUAUACACGGCGCUGCUGUCGGAGGAGCGGGCAAUGCAAGCGUCUCGGGUGGUGCAGCGCCGACGACGUCGGGCAUUGGGAGUGCAACGCGCAAAGGUGGCAUCGUGGUUGGAGGCGGCCAUGCGGGAGCGGCGAGCAGCUCGGCGCACGGUGUGCGACGACAAUCGCUCAAGAUGACAUUCCAAAAGGGACGGGCACGUGGACACGGGGCCACCGAUCGGGCGGCCGAUGGACAGCAUGGGGCCCAUGCCGAAGACUAUUACACGAUACAGAAUGAGAACGAAGGUGCGAGCAAAUCGAAUGCAAAUCCGAAUCUGGGUAACGCCGGCCGCAAGACAACUAACCGUCUAAGCUCUACUAACAACAACCAUCACAACAACAACAACAAUCAGAAUCACAGCAACGGCAACAACAAGCAGCAGUUGCAACAACAACAUCAGCAACACUUGCAGCACAGCAAACAUAACAAUGAUUCGUCACACUCGGAAGGCCAAGGUGGACAACUGGACCACAGCUUCUAUCAGACGGUGAAGAAGGACGAGAAGGAGAAGAUACUCAUACCAGAGAAGGCCUCCUCGUUCAAGUUCCAUCCGGGACGUCUGUGCGAGGAUCAAUGCUACUACUGCAGCGGAAAGUUCGGACUCUACGACACGCCCUGCCACGUCGGCCAGAUCAAGUCCGUUGAGCGUCAGCAAAAGAUACUCGCAAAUGAGGAGAAACUGACUGUGGAUAAUUGCCUGUGCGAUGCGUGCUUUCGCCAUGUGGAUCGACGUGCCAAUGCGCCCAGCUACAAGAAACGCAUCUCUGCGCCAGGACACCUCGAGUCCAACAGCAACAACAACAACAACAGCGCUGCUGCAGGCGGCAACAGCUUGGACAAGCACUUUGCUGGCGAUGCAACCGAUGCUGACUUUGCCACAACUUCAUCGGGCGCUGCUUCCGCAUCGGCUCGUGUCUGCGCUGUCAAGGAUUGUGCCGAUGGGGCGAGUCAUUCGCUGCGGCGCAAAUGCGUGCGGAAGAGCGUCAAGAAAUGCCUGCUGAUCUUCGAGAUACCCGUGGGCACAUCGAACGUCUGGCUCUGUGAGCCGCACUACAACACUGUCAUUCAAUCCUCUGGCUGUGUGCUGUGCAAGCGUCGCCUGGGCAAGAAUCACAUGUACCACAUCACCUCGCAGGACACUGAUCGGCUGGAGAAGGCUCUGGCCGAGAUGGGCAUUCCUGUGCAGCUGGGCGUUGGCACCGCCGUCUGCAAGCUGUGUCGCUAUUUUGCCAAUCUGCUGAUGAAGCCGCCGGACAGUACCAAGUCUCAAAAGGCCGAUUUCGUCAAGAACUAUCGCAAGAGGCUGCUCAAGGUGCACAAUCUGCAGGACGGCAGCAACGAGGUCUCCGAGGCGGACGACGAAGAUGUGCGCGCCUCGACGAACAGCACAGUUGCCGUAGCCACAGCGUCGGCGGCAUCGUCGGCAGCUGGCUGCGAUGAGGCGUCCACAGAGCUGCCUAUGGUGGUGGACUACGACGGGCCCGCGACGGACUCGAAUUCGAGCAGCUCGUCCUCCCAUGGCGCAGUCGCAGCUGCAGCCAGUGCGACCAGCAAGCAAAUGUCCAAGCUGCAGGCGAUACUCCAGCAAAACCUGGCCGGCGAGACAGCAACGACGAACGUUGCCAGCAGCGGCGGCGGCGGCGGCGGCGUUGGCAAAGAUAAGGCUGCUGAUAUUUCGAAUGUGCUGCGCGGCAAUCCGAACAUAUCGAUGCGGGAGCUCUUCCACGGCGAGGAGGAGUUGGGCGUGCAGUUCAAGGUGCCUUUCGGGUGCAGCAGCAGCCAGCGCACGCCCGAGGGCUGGACACGGGUGCAAACAUUCCUGCAGUACGAUGAGCCGACGCGUCGCCUGUGGGAGGAGCUGCAGAAGCCGUACGGCAAUCAGAGCUCCUUCUUGCGCCAUCUGAUACUGCUGGAGAAGUAUUAUCGCAACGGCGAUCUGGUGCUUGCGCCACACGCCUCGCCCAAUGCCAGCGUCUACACACAAACGGUGCGUCAGCGUCUCAACUCCUACGAUCAUGGCCACUGCGGCGGACUGCAGAACAAUGCGAAGAGUGCAGCUGAUGUUGCUGCUGGUCAGUCGCAGUCGCCGCCAACCGCAACAGCUGGCAGCAGCAACUUAUCCUCCUCCAGCUGUGCGGCGUCAACGAAUGCCGCCAGCGUUCUAGCAAGUGCCCUGAUUACGCCACAGCAGCAGCAGAGCCAGAAUCAGAGCAGCGUUGAUUCGCUGUUGUUGCAGCCGCCAAGUCAGGAGGCGGUCAUUCCUCUGGUUGAGCUGAACGACGAUGAUGACGAUGACGACGAUGAUGAUGAUGGUGGUGGUGGUGGUGGUGGUGGUGGUGUUAAUAACGGCAACCAGAACCGGGAGGAUAUAGACUAUACGCCGCUUGAACGCCUGCGCAAUGUGUCCGUGGACAAGCUGACGAAGCAGCUCAGCUCGAAUGCAGUCACCAUCACUGCGCGACCCAAGGAAAGCGGGAAGCAAGCGUCGUCAGCAGUCGAGGAGACAACAGCACACAAAAUGCCACUGAGCAAGGAUGCGCCGCCUUUAGUGCCCACAAGCAGCGCAGCAGCAGCUGCGGCAGCGGCAGCCAACAGUCGCAGCAUUCUCAAGACCAAUCUGCUGAACAAGGCAGUCGAGUUGUUGCCGCUGUCAGCGGCACAGCAGCAACUCCAACAGCAACAGCAGCACCAAUCGAAUCACAAACCCGCCGCGAAUGCGAACAACAACGAAAAGCCGCUCAAGCUGCUGGAUGUGGCCAAUCAGCUUGCGCGUAGCCACCUGGAGCAGCAGUCGGUGUCGCUGCUGACGCUGCAGCAGCAACAACAACAGCAGCAGCAAAAACAGAAACCUCUGGCUGCUGCUGCUGCAGUGUUGCAACAGCCCAGCAAGCCAGCAGCGACGAAUGUGGCACAGUUGCUGAGCUCGCCACCCGAGCUCAUCAGUCUGCAGCGACGACGCACAAGUGGCGUGGCUAUCGCAACUAGUGUCAACUCAGCGGCAGCUGCAGCAGCAGCAGCAGCGGCAGCGAUUGCAUCGGUGCCCGGACUGGCUGGCAAGCGACUCCAAUUGCCUCGGGCAGGCGGCGGCAGCGGUGCUGCCAACGCGCCCAGUGUGAUCAUGCUGCCGGAUUCGCUGUCGCCGCAGGAGCGACACGACAGCAAGAGCUGGAAGCCCACACUGAUACCGCUGAAGGAGCAGCACAAGGUGCCGAACAAGUCGCCGACGCUGUUCCAAACAGCCGACGGACGUCGCCUACCGGCCCAAGUGCAGGUGCAGUCCGGCGGCAAGCCAUACCUCAUUUCCAUCAUAGACUACAAUCGCAUGUGCAUAUUGCGACGCGAGAAGCUGAUGCGCGACCAGAUGCUGAAGACGAAUGCCAAGUCGAAGCCAGGUGGUGGUGGCCAGGCGCAGUCGCAGUCUCAGUCGCAAUCCCAGCAGCAGCAACAACAGCACUCGUCGAACUUUGCUGGCCUGAGCAGCAAAAUGGCAGCAGCUCAACAGACUGCACGCCAGCAGUUGCAGCAGUUACAACAGCAGCAGCAGCAACACAAGCAACAGCUGCCCACGCUGCAGCCAGGCGGCAGUAGCGGAUUGCGUUUGGCACGUCUGGCGCCGAAGCCAAUGCCACCACUGAGCAACCCACAGCAGAAUGCGACCACGACUAGCAACAGCGGCAGCAACUCGACGACGACAACGCAGGCGACCAACUAUCAGCCGAUGCUGGUGAAUGCCUUGGCUGCUGCGGCAGCGGCUGCAGCGACGGGCAGCAGCAGCGGAUUGGACAACAACACCUCGUGGCUGUGGAAAAACUAUCCGGAUCACUCGCAGUUUCUACUGAAUGGCAAUGGCAACGGAGCUGGAAACGCCAGCAAAUUACCGCACCUCACCAGCAAGCCGACAGCGACGAGCAUCAGUGGGGGCGGCAGCGGAUUAGGUGGGAGUGGCAGUGGUGGAGGUGGGAUUACUUUCACGCUCAAACAGCAGCAACAACAGCAGCAGCAGCAGAAGCUCAUCGAUAAUGUCAUCAUGUCCAAGAUACCCAAGAGUCUGACAGUCAUACCGCAGCACAUGGGCGGAGGAGGAGGAGGUGGCGGAGACUUGACAGGUUCAGGCUCAAAGGAAUGAGAACAACUGAAGCCCCAACAACAACCGAGUUACGAUGAUGGGAUGCAUUUGAAGCGCAAGCAGUUGAUACUUUAAGACGAAGAAAAGAUGCGAGAGAGAUCAGAGUCAUAUAUAUAUAUAUAUAGAGAUAGUAUAUAUAUAUAUAGAGAUAGUAGUGUUGGCCAAGCAUAUUCCAUAGAAACAAUCGCGGAUCAAUGGAUACGCCCAAGAAGGAUUUUAGAUGAUAGGCAAACUACACAAACACACCGAAACACAUUAUACACACACACACACAAACGCAUACAUACAUACGGCUAGAGUUGAAAACUAUACAAAUAGAAUGAAGAGAGACAGCGAUAAGCAUGAACACAGAGCAAGAAGAAAUGGCGACAGAAUCGUGGUGUGUUAUAGGUCUAAAGUUAAAUACCUUAGAAAUACAAAAGAUAUAUACACUACAUAUGUAGUAGAGGGGGGGACACACACACAUACACUUCUUUAUAGAUAUACACACACAAUAUGAUACGAUAUGAUAUAUAGUAUAUAGGCAUUGUAGUAUUAGUGCUCGGGGUGUGUUCUAUAUUGAAUCAUUGUUAAGUAUGCCUUUAAAGUUAACAUACUGCGCGAACAGAUAUACACACACACACACACACACACACACAUAAUCAUCAUCAGCAAAGAAAUAAGGCAGAUGCACAUAUGUAUAUGUAAGGAAGAAAUACAUAUAUGCAUAUAUUUUUUUUAUUCGACUUUACGGCACAUCAUUACAACAUUUGGGCAUUCGUGUAUUAUAUAUAUACCAAAUUACUAGUACAUAAAUGCACUGACUAGACAGAGACGGCACGCAUGUAGAAAGAGAGGGCAGAGCACAAACUAAAUGCUGCCAAAAAUGUUGUUGGCAGAGGAAAAGAGAAUAUUUUGUAGAGUUGCGCAUGGAUGCUCGCUUGUUCCGCCUUCGAACUUAUGUCGCGUCGUCUCGGCUACACACACACAUACACAAAUUCUCAUACACACACACUUUCGCAAACCAGAGUUAGUUAGUAGUUACUCUCAUUUAAGAUGCUUUUUUUUUAUUAAAUUUACUAUUACACAAAGACUACAAUUCUAUAAAGAAAUGAAAGAAGAAUCCACUAAAAAUGAUCGACAUAUUGAAUUAAUGUUGCGAUUAUAUUAAUACCUAAUUUAUGUUUGAUUUCCAACUAUUUUUUUGUACAUAUUUAUAUACAGACAACAAACAACAGUACGAAAUAAUCAAUAAAAACAAAAACGAAAAUGCAUUCAAAAGUUUCAUGAACACAACAACACAACAAAGAACAGGAAAAGCACUCGAAGUGUUCAAAGUAUAUUUUUCAGUUUAAUUUUCAUUUCGGUUCUUAUCGAUUUCUUUUCGUUGGCAAAAUCGUUAUCGCUCUGCGAUUAUCGAUAACAGUGCGAUCAAUCACAAAUUGCACUAAAAUUAAAAAAGCUUUCCAAAAAACGACAAAAAAACAAACACUAUUGAAAAAAGAAAAAUAUAUAUAUAUAUAUUUAUUUUAAGCAGAGAUUUAAUUGUGAAUUAGCUGGUUAAGCAUAGUUAUAUUUAUACAUAUAAAUUCAAUCGUUGUUGUUAAACAUUGAAAAUGUAUUUGUAAACGGAGAAUCAAAUUAUGAAUGUUGAGCAUAUUUUUGGUUGUCGUCGAGUAAUAGAUAUUUAUAUAUAUACAGACAGAUUUAGAUAUAGAGCAUAUAUGCAUAUAUAUAUAUAUAUAUAUAUAUACAAACUAACAUACAUAUACAUACAUAUUUAUGCUUUCCCCAACUGUUGUCUGCCCCAAUGGGGCUUGGGGACCUACCAUUCAAACAUACAGAGCAGUAUAUACCAGUAUAUUAAACUGAUCUUACAGAUGCACAUUUGCUUUAAGAACCUGGUUUGCCCUCCCCCCAGACAUCCCCGCAUCCCUACCCCCCAAUGUGUCCAUGUGUGAGUCAUUAUGUGCAUGUGUGUGUUUGAGUCUUGUGCGUGUGAUUUGAUUGUACGCGUAAUAAUUACUACUCUUGUAUACCAUUUACCAACUACACUUAUUUAUGCAUUAAUUUCAGUUCUUGUACAACAUAUAAGGAAGGAUCAGAUCCCAUUUCGAUGCGAUCUCCAGCCUUUUGUUACCAUACAACAAAAAAAAAACAUCAAACUAUACAAAACAAAUACAAAUAAAC